AUGGGGAAGAAUGCCACGAAGGCUUCCAAAACUACUCGCCGCAUAACAAAGAAGACGUCCCCCGAGAAGGCACUGGCAAAGGAAAAGAAGCAGAAGAAGGAGAAAAAGGGUGGCAAGGGCACGACGCGGAAGAGCAGCUAUGCCAAGAAUCCUUACCAGUAUUUCGUCAUGUCCCAGCGGAAAGAGGUCAUGUCACGUGCUGGCCUCGAGGAGACCCCCAUGAACUUUGAGAAGAUCGCCAAAGCACUUUCUGCAGCAUGGCAUGCCCUGAGCAAGCCAAAUCGCGAGCCUUUCGAAGCCUGUGCUGCCCUUGACCGGUCCAGGCGCGACAUUGAUCAGAUGAAGGGCGCCAGGCUUAGGAGCAGCCCGGACGAGUUGGGCUACCUGGUGAAAACUGCUGUGGAGGCUUUAGCGCAUACUCCCCUGGACAGCUGCUCAGCAGCUGGGAAAGCUUCUGAGGAUGUGGUGAAAUCUCUGGAAGCCCUAGACAAUAGGAUUGACAAUGCUGGCCGGGCAGCGGCCGCCGGCCUUCGCAACGGGCCAAAGUGUGCCGAGGUUCUCCUGGCGGCCGGGGCUGUGGGCUCCGUGCUAGGAGGCCGGCUUACUGCCCUCAUCCGGAAGUGGUCUGCUGCGCCCGCCGCGAAGCGAAGUCGAGCACCAAAGGAGGCACCCAAAUCUCCUGCAGAGAAGCCGCCGCCAGCAGCCCAGGCUUCGCCCACCGGCGAGGGUGGCAAGGAGGGGGAUGUGGACAAAUUGCGCAGUCUGGUGGUUGGGAUGCUGAUGCGCACUGCCGGCCAAAAGUUGGGCCAAGCUUCUUUCGAUCUUUGCCAGAGGAUCGAGGGCUCGCUGUUCCGGCAGUUUGGCGACAAUGCCAGGGAGUACCGGCAGCGUGCACGCAGCUUGAACGUGAACAUUGGCCGUCCAGACAGCCGCUUGCUACAGAAGGUCGUGGAUGGGUCUCUCUCUCCCGCGCAGUUAGCCGGGCUCUCUGGUGAGGAGCUGGCCCCUGAGGCUCUGCGCAUCCAGCGCGAGAUGGAGCGCCAGAAGUACUUUCGCGAGGAGGUCCAUCUCACCGCUGCCCCGAAGAACAAGAGGGAACUAAUGGGAGGGCAGCCCGAUGGCUCUGAAAGGCCGAAGCUUCGGCGCAAGAGCAGCGCCCCACCGGAAGAAGGGGAUGCCAACAACCCGGCUCCCAUGGAAGACAAGUCAUCUUCUAGCACUAGCUCUAGCUCCUCGUCAUCCUCCGACUCAGACAGCGAGAGCAGUGUUUGGGAGGAAAUUCCAUCCGAAGGCGACGUGCCAAUGCCAAUCGCGGAUGCAGCAGCAGACUGCCCUGAAAUGGAAGGUGGCCAGGUCCCGACCACAGAAGCCGACAGCGCAGAACGUGGGCAAACCGCAUCUGCGCCGGCUCUGGCUCCACGCAGCCCUCCACGAGAGAGCCCACAGCAACUAGCGGCCCCAAGCAGCGCACCCGCCCGGAAAGAAAAACCUGAUGCCCUCAACUUCUUCCUUUCCAUGGGCUAUGACGCAAACGAAGCAAUGUGGAGACUUGGACGCUACUAUUGCCAUGCUGGACUCGGAGCAAGCUGA